UAAAAAGCUCAGUCUUAUUCAGAGUUGGUACAAGUGAAGAACUCAUCAGUCUUUCACCGGCUCCAACUCAGUCGACCAAAGUGUUUUAUCCAAAGCUCCACACUCGCUUAAUUUUUCGCUCAAUACAUACUUUAUUUUCGGCGUCUUGCGAAAAGAAAAUAUCUCGAAUUUCCACUUUUCCAGUUCCUAAUCGUACAAUGUCGAACGAAGAUAUCGAACGUUACUAUCAGCACGCCUACGACUUGGUGCUAAGUGCGGGCCAUAUUUUUCGUGAGGGGUCCAUCGGCAAGAAGAAUGUCGUGACCAAAACAGCAUUCUAUGACCAAGUCACAGAAUAUGACAGCCGAAUCGAGGAUAUGCUCUUCAAAGGAUUAGCAGCCAAAUUCCCUGAUCACAAGUUUAUUGGCGAGGAAACCGCAGCGGCUGAGGACAAAAUUCCUGAGCUAACAGAUGCCCCCACUUGGAUAAUUGAUCCCAUCGAUGGAACUACUAAUUUUAUAAAGAAAAUCCCGCAUUGUUGCAUCUCUGUUGGAUUGGCUGUGAAUAAGGAGCUGGUCGUUGGCAUUAUAUACAACCCGAUUGCGAAUGAACUGUUCACAGCAAGGAAGGGACACGGGGCUUACUUGAAUGGAGAAAGGAUUCAUGUGUCCGGGGUUGACCAGAUAAAACGAGCGAUCAUUGCAUAUGAAAUAUCUCUAAUCCACGCAGCCACUUGCCGAGAUAAGAAUGUGAAACGUAUCUACAAGCUGGGAUCAAAUGCCACUGGAACUCGAUCAUUUGGAACUGCAGCUUUGAGCUUGUGCUAUGUGGCCAUGGGGAGAGUGGAUUGCUAUCACGUUGAAGACCUGAAACCGUGGGAUAUGGCUGCUGGGGUGGUUAUUGUACGUGAGGCUGGAGGUGUGGCUUAUCACACAUAUGGUGGUGAAUUCAAUGUCAUGAAACCAGACAUAAUAGCUGGAUCGACUGAUAGUUUGUGUCAGGAUAUGGUAAGACUGAUUCGCGAGGCAGAUGAGAUCAAAUACCAAUUCGUUUGAAGUGUUCAAUUGCAUGAUGCAAUGUAAAAAUGUAUUUUAUUAAAAGUUUUAAAUGCUCAAAUAAACGAUGAAAUUAUUAGAAAAAAA